AUUUUUUUUUCGUUUUUUCUCAGACUGAAAUAUGUGUUAUUCAAGCACAAGUUUUUUUCUGGUGAUUAUUUGACGUGUGAAACGCGAUCAUUCUGGAACCUUCGGUUUCAGUUCGCGAGCGACGAGGAAUGCUGAAGUUCUUGGGAAAUCUCUGACUGCGAUGGGUGAAGCCUGGGCAUUGCCGGAUUUAUGCAACAGACAAAGCUCUGCUCCUUGGGACCACCAUGUACCCGCACUCGGGAACCCGGGUUCUUUUCGAUACGACCCCGCAGUUGUUCCGAGACCCGAACCCCCGAAACCCUCUCGACCCUUGAUGGACGACGAAAGUGAUCCCACCUGCGCUGUUUAUAUCGCGAACAGCGAUUCCAACAACAUUUACCUUUUCGGGGAAGAGUCUGGGAUCAUGGGAGCUGGUGAAGACCUGUGCGAAGACUUUUCAGCGCCCUUGGAAACUUCCCUGAAGGAAGAAGAUGCUUUAAAUUACGUGGAGGAGGAAGAGAGUCGCCUCAACACGUCCACUGGCAGCGGGAUUAUGACCACUGUGCCGCCGUGUAUGCUCAAGAAUACAAUUGCCACCGAAACGGGUACUAUGAGACAUAUUCCCACCAGAAGCAGUUUGCGACAUUCGAGAAUGCUUGUGAAUAGCUCGAAAAUACAUCCACCUGGAAGAAACACCAAGCGUAGAAUAUCGCAAUGGAUUGGCCAGUCAGGACCCAUGAAUGACCGACGAAUAGGUGCAAUUCUGUCCUGUCUGCAGCUCAUUUUGGGUCUCUUGCAAAUUGGUCUCGCAGUUUGGAUUCUGCUUUUAUGGUCUCCCAUGCCAGCAUCUCUUCAUCAGCGCGAAAUUCCCCACUGGAGUGGAGCGAUUACUGUUGCAGCGGGAAUGUUGAAUCUGGCAGUCGCGCUUUGUCGACCCAAGGACGACCUUUUUCCCUUCGAAGCAAUUCGUGUGACUAAGAUCUUGUGUGUGAUAUUCAGCACUGGCUCUGUGAUAGCUUGUCUUUGCUCCUCUGGUUUCUCCGGCAUCCAUUUGGUUCUGCAGCUCGACUUCAACUGCAUAGAAAUCGCCACCACUGAUGCUGCUCCCCCCGUUGACAGCAUUUCUUCAAUUCUCGAUUCCUCCCUUGACCACGAAGACGUUUCUCGCGAUUACGACGAAAUCCGAGUCACGUCAUCAUCAUCUGUCAGACCGUCAGUGCUUCCGAGUGACAAACAUUACGCUGCAAUGUUGGCUUCUUUGAGUUCAAACGAAGAUGAGGGGAGUGUGAAUUGUGUGUGUCGUCGUGGCCAGAGACAGUUGAGUUACUUGGGACUAAGAUGCGUACAAGUGCGGACAGUUUUACAUUCUUUGCUUUUGGCCGCGUGUAUUGUGAGUGCUGUGGCAGCACUGGCCUCGACGGCCUACUUGUGUCUCAUGUGGGCCAGUAGCAGGGGCCAGAAUCGCAUGGAUGCCAUCCGUCCUAGCCAAUAUUUGGUGGCGCGUUAUGAACCCGCGAGAAGCACUAAUUUGUGAUUUACAGUAUGAUUUCGAAAUGGGUUUCAUAACGCUCUUGGGCGAUCAAUGAUAUCGUUUUUCGACGAGCAGCUGAGGGAUAUUGAUGGAACUUAUUGUAUCGAGACGAGAAAAAAGUAGGUGUCUUCGACACAAAAAUGAAUCAUCAAAUUUGUACCUGCAUCACGAGAUUUUUUUCUAGCACGUUGAAUCAAAAUGACCGACAGGAAUGGAUUAUUCUGUUGAGGUUUCGGAAGUGCUUUCAAAGGUGGAUUUAUCAAAAAAAUAAAUAUUGGGAAGGGAGUAUUCUGGUGCGUGGUGUUACAUUCGAAUUGUGCGAAAAUUUUGCGCGGUAGUGCGGAAAACCUUAUUUACGCGAAUAUAAGCACCNCGGUUUUUAAGUUUUCGAACUAUUGGAAUCUUGAAAAAUCCAUGUUGGAUAAAAUCAGUGAUCGGAAUCCAUCGCAGGCUGCUGUGAUACUCCAGGAUGAAAAUUAUGUGCGAUUUAUUUGUAUGGAUGCUAGAUCGGCAUUCCUAGAAAUUGUUAAAACGUGUUUGGCCCGAUAUUGGUCAGGAAAGAAGAAAAAAAAAUUUUGUGUGUCGGUAACCAUGUAUUCCAUGCUUCGUUUGCAUUCGUUCAAUUGUGAUUUAAAGCGUCAGCCGUGUAAACAACUUAUUUCGGCAGGAAAGCUGUGGAAUUCUCUUGGACUUCCGCGCAAUUACUUGAUGAGCGCCAAGCGUUGUUGGCAAGGUUUCUUCGAAUUGUGUUGUGAUACGAAUUCAGCCGCAAUUGCAAUGAAGCAUGUUUCUAAGUUCAGAAAUCAA